CCCUAGCCGUGCUGUGGAGGCAGACACUUGUCUCAGCUGACCGAUGAGGGGCCUCGGUGCAGUCAACGAGCGCCUCUUCUCGCAGGAGUCAGUGGAGGGGAAGGUUCACCGUGAGCCGACGACAACGCGCCAUGGCGGGCAAAGGGAGGCUUUACUCGGGCGGACGGAGCCAGCAGGUCCACAACUCCUCGGACUCGGACUCGGACAGCGCACCCCUGCGAGGCGUCUGCGGUGCGGGCCCGCCCGCCGUCUCCUUCCCGGGCAGCCAGGUGAUCCACAGCGGUCACUUCAUGGUGUCGUCCCCCCACAGCGACUCCGCGCAGCGCGGGAGGAAGAGCGGCGGCUCCUCCAGAUACGACUUCGACACGGUGAACAGGACGUGGUGCCACACGUACCGGUACGGCCCGCUGAGCUCCGGGAGCCUGAGCAUCGACCCCACUCUGACCCGGCUGUUCGACUGCAUGUCUCUGGCCUACAGCGGUAAGAUAGUCUCCCCCAAGUGGAAGUCUUUCAAAGGUCUGCGGUUGCUGUGGAGGGAUAAGAUCCGUCUCAACAAUGCCAUCUGGAGAGCUUGGUUCAUUCAGUAUGUGGAGAAGAGGAAGAGCUCAGUGUGCGGCUUCGUCACACCGCUGGAGGGCUCCGAGUCCGAUUCCCACCGCAAACCGGAAGCAAUCGUAUUAGAGGGCAGCUACUGGAAGCGAAGGAUCGAGGUGGUGAUCAAGGAGUAUCACAAGUGGAGGAUUUAUUAUAAGAAGAGGCUUCAGAAAAAGAAGGACGAUAUUUUAUCAAUGCUGCAAGAGGGUCAGCUGUGCCAGGCUAAGCUGGAGAAAUGGUCCAAUCAGAUGUACCAGGAGCCAGAAGCUCCACCGGUGGAGGUCCACAUGUUUGACCUGGACUGCCUCCUGUCCGACAUCUCAGACACCCUGUUCACCAUGACGCAGAAGCCAUGUCCCUGGGCCGGGGACCGACACGACACAUACACUAACAAUGCUGAUAUAAUCCAGCCGGGUCUGACUCCCCUGCAGCCCAACCUGGAUGAUUUCAUGGAUAUACCAGAUAUCUUUAUGAACUAUCGGGGCCAGCCCACUGAGCAAACUGCUUUUGCUGACUUGGGCUAUUUCGAGAGCUCGCCCAGCACAGUGUUUGCUCCGCUUCCCUCCUCUGUGGGGACGACUCCUCAUCUGCUCAUCGGCACCCAGCUGGCUCAGCCCAGUCUGGCGUCUGACAGUUUAGCUCAGCCCUCUUCAUCUAUUAACCGGCCACACCAGACCAGUUCGGACCAGGACUGCGGUGAAUACCCCGCAUCGAGUAUCAUUUUAGGCGCCAUGCCUUACGGACAACAAUCAUACCCCGAUCCAGCUGCUUCAAUGGGAUUUACCAGCAGCAUCGAGCAGCCCGGCCCUUCAAGUAUCCCCUUUGUGUACCCACUGCCAUGCCACAAGUUUGGUUACUACACAACCGCCAGCAUGACCCCCACAGUCAUCACUCACACCGCUUCUACCACCACGGGGGCCCAGGGCUCUGUGCACCCGGCUCCUGGCUACCCUCACGCUGGGGACACGUACCCCCACAACCCCUGCCACUCUCUAGGUUACCCGGAGGCCGCGUGUGACCCGGCCCACACACUGCUAACCUCCGGCACCGCGGCCCACUGCUUCUCGGCCCCGGAGCAGGUGGUCGUCGCGGGGGUCAGGGGGAAGCACAAACAGAAGACCGGAGGAGUGACAAAAGUUGGUCCCUCGGUGUCCACUGCAGCCCCACCCACCAGCUGCCUGGCUAACCUGCUCUCCUCCAGCACCUGUGAACGGAAGCCAACGCUAGGAUUUGACACUUCUUUGGGGGCAGCCAAAGGUCAGAGGUCAUCAUCACCCACCUCCUUGCAGUCAAGCAGCAGCCCGCAUGUGGGAGGAGCUUCAUCACAGCUGCAGCACAGAGCGGGUUGGCCAGCAGGGAUCCCAGGUUUGACACCUCUGCACAGUCACAGCUCCCCCUUGGGUCACAGCACACCCCACUUCAGCACCUCCAGAAGCUUGGCCAUGUCCUCCCUGCUCUCCCGCGGCUCCUCCGCACACACCAGCUCAAGCCUCCUCAUUCCCAAGACCGAGAAACUGUCUCCUGUCCAGCUCUACGGUGCGGACAGGAGCAGCCUAACAGGUACAAUGCUCCGAAAGCACUGAAUUCAAACGUCCCCACCUAACCCAUUGGAUAAAAACUCCAACCCAGAGUCCCCACACUUGUGCUACUCAGGACACGGAAAGAUAGAAUCAAGUAAGCAAACAGAGACUAGGAGGAUAACCCACAUCUCAGCUGAACAGAAGAGGCGCUUCAACAUCAAACUGGGUUUUGACACCUUACAUAACCUUGUGACAACGCUCAGCUCUCAGCCGAGCAUAAAGAUCAGCAAAGCCACCACACUGCACAAGACUGCCGAGUACAUCAGUAAGCUGCAGCAGGAGAGAGCUCAGCUGCACGACAAGGCUCAGAGACUGAGAGAGGAUAUCCAGCUCCUGAACUCGGCCGUUAACGUCUGCCAGCAGCAGCUGCCGGCCACCGGUGUUCCCAUCACACGGCAGCGCUUUGACCACAUGAGGCAGAAGUUCCGGGAGUACGUCCAGGCACAGACGCUGCGAAACUGGAAGUUUUGGAUUUUCAGCAUCAUCAUCGAGCCACUGUUUGAGUCCUACAAUGGAAUGGUGUCCACUGCCAGUGUGGAGGACUUGUGUCGAUCCACUCUGUCCUGGAUGGACCAGCACUGUUCCCUGCCUGCCCUAAGACCCAUGGUUCUGAGUUCACUCCGUAUCCUGAGCACCACCACGGCCAUCCUGACAGACCCCAGCCUGCUGCCGGAGCAGGCCACCCUGGCCGUUACCCAGGGUGACCCCGCUGCUGCCCCCCACCAUUCUUUACGGUCCGCCACUCGGGACAAUACACACCCCAUGUGACUGAGAAGAACAGACUCAGCGGGAACUUAACUAGAAUCCAACACAACGCACAGAAGACCGCCAGGUCCAGGAGAGGCUGUGGAAUUGCUGCAAAAGACUCGUCGGCCAUCUCUUCGACCUUUAGUAACAGUCAGAUUUCAUAUGAAGCUCAGCAGCUCCAUAAAGAAUGUAUUCCAGUAAACCCACAAAAAACAUCAAAAGUAUAUGUCAUACAUGCUUAAAUACUCAUAAAGGUUCAACACACUCUACUCUAAACAGUAUUUGACAGCCUCAUAUUUUUUAUUUGCUAAAAGUUUGUGAAUAGCUUCCAUUUCUGUUUAAAUAUUUUGGUAACAAGUGAUGACUGCAUUUAUUUUUAAUUCCUUUCACAAGUUGUGUUUUUCUAUUUGUGUAUCCUAUUUGGUUAUUUUGAUGACUGACAUUUCGUUGGUACAAUAUGUCUUUCUGCACCUCAUACUUGUUGUAUUGGGUAUCACUGUGCACUGCUCACAUAAAGUAAGAGAAAACAAGCCUCCACGAUGGCAUGGGCUGUUUUAGAAUAUUAGGUCAAUUGGCUACUGGGUGUGGAUAAAGCACAUUUAAUUCAAAUCUGGACUAAAGUUGAAAAAAUAAAAAUAUAAGAAGCAGGAUUUCAACUAGACAAAAUAACAUAUCUGUUCUAUUAAAGUGGUUCACACAAAACCAGGAACCCGUAACUGC